GUCAAAAGUGCAAAACAUUGCAACGGUUUAUUGGAGAACUGUAUAUAAGUACGAUGUGUAGAGCUGGAUGACAAUAUAUCUAAUGACACUGUGAUAUCGUACUCAGAGGAUCGGGCUGCAAUGCCGCGAUCAUAACAGCCGCAGCGCGUGAGGUAGCGCAAGUUACAGGAGGGCACAGUCCCCUUUCCUAGUAACACACAGCGGUAUCGAUCUUGAGCCCUCUGGGAACGUUAAAGGACGGAGUCCAACAACCUCUCUUGACUAACACCACUUCGUCACUCCCUCCCAGAGGAAAUAUUCGGAUCUGCCUCAUCUGAGAAAACAUCUUAUUCCCAAUGUCAGGGUUGUCAGGGUGGCAUACUCGUUCCCAUCCCCACCCGUCCCGAGGAACCUUUACGCCCUCUAGCGAAACACUCAUAGCUGGCGUCAUUCGCUCCACUCAUCUUUAUCCGCGGCAACUCGUCGCCGCCUUUUUCGUUCCCGAUUUCGUCGUAGACACUGAAGGACGCGUUUUCCAACUUAACUCAGAAGAGGAAAAAGGGGCCAUCUACCAGAUUCUCAGUCGUGCUACUUCCGACAAGAUCCCUCUAGCUGGAGGAUACAAUAAUCAGUGGAGGAUUUUCCAUCCGAGGACGGACUUUCCCAUCCACAAACUCAAGAUUCCUAGUACCGAAGCGGGUAAAGUGGAUGUCGUUUCUGUGUAUGGACUGUCAAAGAGCACAGGGACGCUCGAGAAGCUGGUUGGCGGAUACACGGAAUUGCCUGAAGUGCUCCAGGAAGCUUUCACGCUGAUGGACGAAGCCCGCACGACGACCGCUGAGGGGGAGGGCGAUAGCUCGCUCGCAAGAACUGUCGGAGAUCUUAUCGUUGAACUUUGAAAUGAUGUUUGACGAGGUAGUUUGGCAGAUGAGAAGAGUUUUAACACAUCCUUUUUGGUAGAUGACUGGUUGAUAGGCCACCAAACAAGCUGAACCCCAACCAACGAAUGAAAUUACUUGAAACAUUUCGGGAUCGCGUAAGGGACUCUUGCCUCGGGGCAGGAACAGUAAGAGGUUGGAGUUCGUCAACAUGACAUCGAAUGGCUCAUUGUCCAUCACGGCAAUCCGCGCCAAAGCGCAGAGCAUGGGACGAACCCUCAAUAAACUG